AGACCAUGCCUUAAAUUCUCUCAGCUAAGUAUAAAGGAUUCCUUCAGAGAUUUGUUUAAUCCCAGAAUGGAGAUGUUUCUGAUGAUGUAUACAAGGAACAACCUAAACUGUGCUGAGCCGCUGUUUGAGCAGGAUAACUCAGUUAAUGUUAAUUUCAACACAAACAAGAAAACCGUCUGGCUUAUUCAUGGAUAUAGACCAAUAGGCUCCACUCCAACAUGGCUUCAGAACUUUCUAAGGAUUUUGUUGAAUCAAGACGAUAUGAAUAUAAUUGUAGUAGACUGGAACCGGGGUGCUACAACUUUUAUUUAUAAUAGAGCAGUUAAAAACACCAGAAAAGUUGCUGUGAGUUUGAGUGAGUACAUUCAGAGGCUUUUGAAGCAUGGAGCAACUCUUGAUAGUUUUCAUUUCAUAGGUAUGAGCUUAGGGGCUCAUAUUAGUGGAUUUGUUGGAAAGAUAUUUCAUGGUCAACUUGGAAGAAUAACAGGUCUUGACCCUGCUGGGCCAAAAUUCUCUGGAAAACCAUCAAAUGGCAGAUUAGAUUAUACCGAUGCAAAGUUUGUGGAUGUCAUCCAUUCUGAUACCAAUGGUUUAGGCAUUAAAGAACCCUUGGGACAUAUUGAUUUUUAUCCAAAUGGAGGAAAAACACAACCUGGCUGUCCUAAAUCAAUAUUCUCAGGAGUACAAUUUAUCAAAUGUGACCACCAGAGAGCAGUUUACUUGUUCAUGGCCACUUUGGAAACAAACUGCAAUUUUAUUUCACUUCCUUGUUAUUCAUAUGGAGAUUACAAAACUGGUUCAUGUGUGGAUUGUGAUGACUUUAAGAAAAAAUCAUGUCCUAGGCUAGGUUAUCAAGCUGAGCUAUGGAAAGAUAUUUUAAAAGAAAGACUAGAAAAAUCUCUUAGGACGACUGUGUUUUUGGAUACUACCGCCUAUUAUUUUGUUCUCAGUAUAAUUGUUUUGAAUAACACUAUGAAGGAUGGCUAUAUUACCUUUAAAUUAUUAAACCAUCUUGGAGUGAUUGAAAAGCCAAGGCUCUAUGAGAAGAACAAAUCAUUUUAUAAACUUCAAGAAGUCAAGAUUCUUGCUCAAUUUUUAAAUGAUGUAAAUAUUUCACGUAUUGGUUUGGCAUAUUAUCAGAGCUCAAAUCAGCAGUGUUCCACAUGCAAAUACAGCAUCCAGCGUCUCAUGCUAAAAUCACUUACAUAUCCAGAAAGACCACCACUCUGCAAGUAUGACUUUGUACUUAAAGAAAAUGAGGAAGUAUUUCUCAGUCCAUGUGCAUGCACAUCAGAGGAAGUAUAACAUGCCCGCUUUCAUCAAAUGUAACAGCUUCUUUGUGAAUUCAAGAACUUGUGUAUGGGAACAAUGUAAUCAGUAUUUCUUUUAGAAUGCAUUGUUCAAUCUGUGAUUCAAAUAUUUCUACUUCUUACAUAAAUUUUUAAGAAUCAAAAAUAUGGAAAAAAUUAAAAAAUGCAUA